AUGCCUCCCAAGCACCGAAAGCUCGUCCGCACAUACGGGCGCCGGACCCCUUCUACAGCCCCAGAGACGCGCAGCGAGCCACCAACCAAGAGAAGAAGGACUUCACAGGAUGAUCAAACCACAAAUGUUGUCGGAAUGUCAGAAAGGGACUCGGAGAAAUCACCUAAAGCCGAACACAAAGAAGAGCCGAGCACAGAUCGAGAUAGCCACGACCCAGAAGAGCAAGUCGACGACAAGGAAAAGCCGAAGUUGUCAAUCCUCACCAGUAAAGGCAGUCGCGGGCGAUUUGCCUUCGAAGAACCGAGCCUCUCCAUCGAGUCCGCCCAGUCCACCGACGUCACCUCCAGCUGUGCGAGUCAAAAGAAAAAGGGCGCCGCGCCUAUUGAAACUAAGACCAACAACACAAACAUCGAUAGAAGAAUCAGGCGAGGACGAAGAGCUGGAAGAAUCUCCUUCAACCUCUAUAGACGACUUGGAGGAGAGUAUUAG